AUGUGCGACCUUGCAAGCUUUGCUCAGUACUUUGGAAAUGCAGGUGGCCCCCUAGAGGUGUUGCUUCAGCCUUCGGCUUCUGCCCCUCCAGACCCAGCCACGUGCUUGUGGGCGGCACUUGGGUGCCGACUCCCCUUGGUCGCAUUGAAGUUGCUGAAAACAAGAGCUGCCAAGGUUGCUAGCUUGGGGGCAGUGCCUGAGAAUCUAAGCCCAUCCUCCCACGCACUGCUCGAGGAGCAGCGACGCUUUGCGGAACGCCCUGCAGCGACCGCGGUGCGCGCGCAGCGCCCGGAGGGGUCGCAGAAGGCUAAGGUGAAGCCCAAGGCCUCCCUGUUCAAGCAACUCCGACAAGGUCUCGCCGCCGGCGCGCCCUCCUCGGGUGGCAAGCCCUAUGGUGUCCGAGCUGCGGCCCCGCAUCCGGAGAUUGCCGCGCUUCCGGAGCUGGAAGGCGACGAGGCGGAGGAGCUGGGCAGCUGCCUUGCUGCGGAGGUGGCCGAGCGGUCCGCCCCUGUCAACCCUGCGUCUGGAGCGGAGGGCGCCUUUGUCGCCCCGGAGCAGGGCUUCCCAAUCGCCAACCACCGUGCCGUUGGGAAGAGUCUGGGUUUCGGUACUUCGCGACCCUCCCGUGCACCGCGGGGGGAGCCGGAGAAGGCACCCGAGAACGAGGAGGAGGCCAUCGACCAGGAGAACCGGCAAACUCUGCAGAAUGCCACGCCGGAAGAGGUGAAGGAGUGGCAGCAGCAGUUGCUGCAGCAAUUUGGGGCUGAGACGUGCCACUCGGUCUCCCCAGGCAUUGCUAUGCCGAUUUGGGAAAUCGUCGGCGGCGGCGAAUCAGGUGGCAUCGUGGUCCGCGAGGGGCGUGAGUUGAAGUCGCCCCAGGAGCCCGAGCGGCUGUCCACACGGGCGCUUGUGGAGGAGUUGGAGCUGGUGGGAGACCGGCUGCACUACCGUCUUCAGACUGGCCGCGGGCCCCCAGAAGGAUGGAUCAGUGUUCGAGUCUCUGGCAAGGAGCUUGCCGUGUGCCAAUUCGCAGAUGGCCCUCCAACCGGCCCACUGCCAAAAUGGACUGAGGAAUCAGCCGAGAAGAUGCAAGCCUUCCGGGAGAAGCGGAAGAUCUUGCCUCCUCCGGUCGAAACACCGGCGCGGCUCCUGAACGCAAAUCCGAGAGAGAUGCUGCCACCAUUCAAGCGGCUAGGCCCGAAAGAGAUGGCAGAGAUGUCAGUGCAGAACUUGCCAGGCCACUUCUCCGGCUUGAAGUUCCCGCACAAUGUGGAGCAACUCAAAGAUUUCGGGCCUUCGUGGUACACGCAGGCAUUUCACAAGUUCGGGACGCUUCCACUGGACAACAGCGUGGUGAAGGUUGUGCACGUGGAGCAGCUCCCGCACUCGGGCUUUGAUGCGGCUGGUGGUGCGGGCCACAAGGCCUUCAUCGAUCUCCAGUACGCAAAGCCAGAUCCCAACCUGCACACGAAGCUGUUUGCAAAGUACCCCUGGGACUAUUUCGAGUCCGAGACCGGGAAGCGGUAUCGGAUGCAGAUAUCUGCCUAUGCAGAUAUGGAUUCCGCUGAGCUCCUCACUUCCAUCUGCUGUGAGCACUUGUUCCCCUUCCGGAUACCCAAGUUGUAUUUUGCCGAUAUCAAUCGAGACACCACCAACUACGUCCUGAUUGUAGAGCGCAUUCCGUUUGGCAGGCGUGGGAAGGUGGUGAAGGGAAAGAUCACAGAGAAGAUCGAAAGGAAGCCUUUCGAGAUUUUGCCCGUGUGCGGCAAGUACCAGGACUACCUGUUAGAGGAUGCCCCUAGCAUAUAUUUCGCGCUCUUCCGCGAGAUGGCCCAUCUAGCCGCUUGGGAUCAGCAAGGCCGCUACGAUUCCUUUUUUGGGCCGAUGAGCAAGUACACGGAGCAGGAGUAUCUGGACAAGGUGAUCCGCGUGCGAAAGCCGCAGAAGGAGAAGAGGAUUGAAGUUCAGAAGAACGGAUGCCUGUCGAUGAUCGAGAAAGGCAUCGACUUCGCACUAAAUGUUGCUUCGCAGAUCUUCACGCCAGCAGGCAAAAACAAGGGAAAGCUGGAGAAGAUGAAGCAGGAGAUAGUGGAGAUCGCGCCUUAUUUUGAGGACAUCCGGGCUUACCUGGCCAACUCGAGUGACUGGACGGCGGCAAUGCACAUGAAUCUCCAAGCAGACAACGCUUACUUCUGGCACGACGAGAAAGGGGAUCUGGAUAUUGGAGUGUUUGACUGGUGCGGCUUCAGCCGUACCCCUUUCGUGAUGAACUUCAUGGGAUGUCUCAGUGGCGCUGAUGCAGACUUACUUGAUGCUCACGAAGAGGGCUUGAUGAGAAUGUUUUGUGAGGAGUACGAGCGAUAUGGCGGUCCACACCUGGAGCCGUCUGAGAUGCUGCUCAGGUACCAUCUACAGUGGCCCUCAUUCACGAUGGAUGCAUGCCAGUGGGUGGACAGGGAUAUCUACGUUCAAUGUCCGCGAGAGGAGUGGAGCACAAUCAAGACCAUGCUCGAUGACAAGUUCGUCGAUCGAUGGAACGUCCGAUGCCGCGGAACCACGUUGGUGAAUGCUUUCGAGUUUUAUCACCGUAGAGAUCUAAAAAAGAUCUUUGAUGAUUGGCUUUCUGGACCAGGCAAAGACUACCGGUCUGUCUACAGCGGAUAG